CACAGGCCACGAGUCACGUGGUGGAACUCGCCAGGACAAGCGAGAGCAUAAGCCGCUGAGUGACGUCACUGGGCCGGCCAUGUCACGUGAGCAGGAACCAGCUGUGGCGGGGAGGGGGUCACGUGACGCUGCCCCUUGCUUGCGCCGCCCGCUCAGCCCGCGCUUCCUCACACCGUGCCAGGUCUCAAAGGAGUGUUCGACUGGAAAAUCUCCAUUGGCUGCCACCUAGAGGUCGGGGAGGGAGUUUCUCCUUCUGUGAGUUUCGAGGCAUCUCUGAUCAGCCUGAUUCCCAGUUACAAAGAUGUCGUAUGGGUCGCUGGACGGGAGUGGAUUUGGAAGCAGAAACCCUUUCAGUGGACCCUCUACACAAGGAUACCAACCUCUAGCUUCCCAGAUCGAUGAGAAUGAACUGCAGGAACUUUUCCAGAUCACUUCCGGUGACGUUUAUCGGAUAAACAUUAAUGUACAGUCUUUGGAGAGAAUCCUUCGUUCCCUGGGGACUGCUAGUGACACACAGGAGCUGAGGGAUCGCCUCCAUUUCACACAGCAAGAAACCAAUAACACUAUCACUACCAGCACCAAAUCCAUUCGACAACUGUCCGAGUUUGUUCAGGGGUCGUGUCGGGAUCGUCUUCAGCUGGAGAGAAUAAAAAGCCAGUUAUCCGAUAUCAUCCAGCGCUACGGAGUCGUGCAGAAGAAAAUUGCAGACAAGUCCAAAUCACUGCUGUGUGCUGAGCAGAAGAAUAUAAAGCAGAGCCCCCAGGCUCCUUUCUCAGACCUUGCAGAUGAUGAAAAGAUUUUUAAUGGUGGAGACGAAGCGUGGCAGAGCCAGAAGCAAACCCAAGAUUUGACAGAGAUCAGCGAAGAGGAUCUCGAUCAAAUCCAUCAAAAGGAGGAAGCCUUAAAACUGAUCGAGAGUGAUGUGCUUGAUGUGAACCAGAUUAUGAAGGACUUGGCAUCUAUUGUCUAUGAGCAAGGAGAUACUAUAGACAGCAUUGAAUCCAAUAUAGAGACUGCUUCUUCUAAUGUGGAAUCUGUCAAUCGCCAGUUGGCUAAAGCCAGUCAGCACCAAAGGCGCACCCUUAGAAUGACCUGUGCCCCGAGGAAGAGGAAGGAGAAGUUUUCUCCUCUUGAGCUUGAGAUUUUGGUGGCCGAAGUGACCAAGAAUCAUUCGAAGCUUUAUGGAAGCGAGCGAGUCAACCUGAGCCAGCCGGCACGGGAGAGAAUCUGGUUAGAGAUUGCCAAGAAGAUCAACACUGUAGCCCGGUCGCCCAGAACCACUAGAGACCUGAGGAGACGUUGGGACGACAUGAAGAGACGGACCAAGGAAAAGCUGGCGAUUAUAAGACGCUCGGUGGUGACUUCUAGUAGAAGAUGCAGCCCAUCGAGUCUGCAAAAUGACGCCAACAGUGAUAUUUACCCCGGGUUUGGAGGAGACGAAGAAGAUGAAGAUCAUGAUGAUAUUGAUGUGGAGACUGAUGCCCCACACAUAGCCCUAGAGCUUCAGUCAGAUGAGGAGGAAAAUGGUCCUGGGUGCACAUGGGUGCCGCUUAAAACUAUUGAAAUGCCAGUGACGACUGAGCCGGAAAUGUCCGACCAUCCUGUGAUCAUCCAGACUUCUGCUUCUUCUCCUUCACCCCCAUCCUCUCCUCAUGCUCAUCUCAAAUCCACCUUCAUGAGUCGCCUCUCCCAGUCCACUCAACAUCCCAGGAGAAAACAUGACGUCUCGGAGUUUGAAAAGCAGUUGAUGGAGAGUCAGUUGCAACAAAACAGCCUUUUAUCUUCUUGGUACCAACAACAAAGCUCCCUAUUGGUCCAGCAGAACCUCAUCCUGGAGAACCUUGUAGAACAGAGCAGACGCUUGGCAGACAAUGUAGAGAUGCUGAACAGAACCCUGGAAAAGAUGGCGGACAGUAACCAUUUCCACAGGGAGACGGUGCAUUAUGUGCAGGAACGUACUAAGGGUUCAUCUUCCCGCCCACCUCCCAGAAUUCCUACUGGGGAGUCGGGGGGACAGGCUGGUAUAGAAGUCUUCUCUGGGAUGAUCCUCAAAGUUGAAGAAGAGAUGUAAAGAACAUUAUAUUUUCCUGAAAACAAUGACUUUAUAAUUGAGAACAUUUUUUUUGUACCGAUGGGCAAAUAUAUAUAAAAAAAAAAUAUAUAUAUAUAUAUAUAUAUAAGAAUAUAUCCCAAAUUCUCCCCCCACCCCAAGUUCUUCUCCUACUAGGUAGUUCUACCUAACCCUCGCGCUGGAGGACAAAGACUCUCCUUACACAACUCAUAUCCAGAGCCCUUUUUGUAGGUCGUGAGAGACGUUGUGCAUAUUUUCUAUUUGGAUUUAUCGGUUUCUGAGAAAAUAUUUUGUAUUUUGUUCUUUUUAUUCAAGAAUAAUAUUUUUCUUACAUAAAUUUAAAACGAAAAAAAAAAAAUCAAAAAAGUUUUAACUUUUCAUAUUUAUCUUACAGGAAUAGGGUAGUUCUUGUGAAGCCAUGGAAUGCAUAAUCACAAAUAAGUAGCUCAGAUGAGUAGGCCUGGGGCUCCCGCUUAUAAAGCAGCAUUGCAGUGUCGCACCGUCAUGUCACAUUCACUCAAUGGCCAAACCAAAAGACUGGCUCUAAAGGUAUUAUAUUUGGGGGAAUCAACCUGAUGAAGGAUAGAAAUUUACUGAAUAAUGCAUAUGGCUCUGUAAAUGUACACCAAUGGGAAAUGUAUGUCUGUGGAACAUUGUUACUGGGAGUUGUUUCAGCCACAAGAGCAUUGGUGAAGUUAGGCACUGAUGUUGGGGGAUCAGGCUCAUGGGGGUUCCAAUUCAUCCUACAGGGGUUCAGUUGGGUUGACCCUCCCUUUGCUGCUAUAACAGCCCCUACUCUUCUGGGAAGGUUCCACUAGAUGUUGGGACAUUGUUGCUGGGAGUUGCUUCCAUUCAGCCAUAAGAGCAUUAGUGAUGUUGGGCACUGAUGUUGGGAAUUAAGUCUGACUUACAGUUGGGGUUCCAUUUCAUCCCCAGGGGUUCAGUUGGGCUGAGCUCAGGGAUCUCUGCAGUCCACUUCUUCCUAUCCAGGAAACCCAUGGGGACACCUGCCCCCCAACAUCUCAUGCCCAAACCAAGCGGAUUAGUAUGAAGUUGCCCCUCUCCUUUUGCUUCUAUAACAGCCCCUUCUUUUCUGAGAAGGUUCCCACUAGAUGUUGGAACAUUAUUAUUUUGUUUUGUUGCUUCCAUUCAGACACAAGAGCAUUGGUGAAGUAGGGCACUGAUGUUGGGGAUCAAGCUCAUGGGGGUUCCAAUUCAUCCCACAGGGGUUCAGUUGGGUUGCCCCUCCCUUUGCUGCUAUAACUGCCCCUACUCCUCUGGGAAGGUUCCACUAGAUGUUGCAACAUUGUUGCUGGGAGUUGCUUCCAUUCAGACACAGUGAGGUUGGACACGGAUGUUGGGGUUCAGGUCUGACUUACAGUUGGGGUUCCAGUUCAUCCCCAAGGGUUCGGUUUGGCUGAGCUCGGGGAUCUGUGCAGUCCGGUUUUCCCACGCCAGCAAACCCAUGGGGAAACCUGCCCCCCAACAUCUCAUGCCCAAACCAAGGGGAUCAGUAUGAAGUUGCCCCUCUCCUUUUGCUUCUUUGAAAGCCCCUACUCUUCUAGGAAGGUCCCACUAGAUGUUGGAACAUUGUUGGUGGGAGUUGUUUCCAUUCAGACACGAGCAUUGGUGAGGUUGGGCACUGAUGUUGGGGAUCAGGUCUGACCUACAGUUUGGGUUCCAGUUCAUCAGUUGGGUUGAGAUCAGGGAUCUGUGCAGUCCGGUUUUUUUUAUCCAGCAAAGCCAUGGGGACACCUGCUCCCCAACAUCUUAUGCCCAAACCAAGGGGAUUAGUUGCCCCUCUCCUUUUGCUUCUUUAACUGCCCCUUCUCUUCUAGGAAGAUUCCACUAGAUGUUGGAAGUGGAACAUUGUUGCUGGGAGUUGCUUCUAUUCAGCAACAAGAGCAUUAGUGAGGUUGGACACUUAUGUUGGGGAUCAAGCUCACAUUUUGGUUUCAGUUGGUUUUCCCCCUUCCUUUUCUGCUAUAACAGCCCCAACUCUUGUGGGAAGGUUCCACUAGAUGUUGGAACACUGUUGCUGGCAGUUGCUUCCAUUCUGCCACAAGAGCAUUAGUGAGGUUGGACACUGAUGUUGGGGAUCAAGCUAAUGGGGGUUCCAAUACAUCCCACAGGGGUUCAGUUUUGCUGAGCUCAGGGAACGUCAUCAAACCCAUUCUGUAGGACCUGGCUUUGUGCAUGGGGGCAUCAUUGGGCUGAAAAAGGAAAGGUCCUUCCCCAAAUUGUGUCGCAAAGUAGGAAGCACAACAUUAUCAGGAAUAUCGUAUUAUGUAGUAUCAGCAGUGAUGGCUGUAGCCAAUCUGAUCAUUAGAAGAGGUGUUGAUAUACUUUUGGCUGUAUAUAAAGUAUUUUAACACUGUAGGUGGAGCUAUGGUGAAGUAGCCCCUCCCCCACUAGCAAACGAGUUCAAUGAGAUACAAACUGUAUAUUUCUCUUCAUGAGGACAAAGCUUGGGAUUGGAGACUGUGUGAUUUUUGGGAAGCCACAGACACCUCUGCUGAGCGAGUGGAGAAGUGUCUCAUGGUUAGGCAUGGUCAGGCGGUUGCUGUUGUGUGACUGUAACUACCAACAUCCUAUGCUGUACUUGUGGAAUUUUAUUUAAAGGGGUUCUUUGCCUUUAAAUUAACUGUUAGUGUGAUGUAGAGAGGGAUAUUCUAAGACAAUUUACAAUUGGUUUUCAUUUUUUAUUAUUUGUGGUUUUUGA